UAUUAAAACACGUUUAUAUCUCGGUGGUGGUCAGAUGUGAGAGAGGAAUAAACAUCAUUACAGCGCCCUCUGCUGUUGUUGAUACACACUGUUUGGUGACGUCACAUCAUGGCGCGAUACCUGCUGUCUCGAAACUGCAUGUUUCGGUUCACUCGAGGAUAUAUGAACAGUCAACGACUCCGCAAAUGUUGUGGAUAUAGUGACUUCUCGAGUAUGAAUGUGAUGCACGAUAGACAGAAUCAGCGUUUCACAAUCACUCUUGACUGCGACGGAGCAGUGAGUAGUGCAGUACUGAAGUACACUAUCAGAUAUGAUCAGCAGGUGGAGUUGAUGUCUACUGAGGUCCCUCAAUCACACAGGGGUAAAGGUGUAGCUGCACAGCUGGCAAAGGCUGCUCUUGACUUCGUUGUUGAAGAAAAUCUGAAAGCGAGAAUAUCCUGUUGGUACAUUAGAAAAUAUGUGGAUGAAAAUCCACAUCUUGGAUAUCAGGCUCAUAUUGAAGAUAAAUAAAGGCAGAAUUAAAAGAUUCCA